AUGUUGGAGCUGAGAGAGAAGUCCACAAGCUGUUCACAUCCACCUGUUGUAGAAAUGAAGCUUUCUAAAGGCUUGCGUCGCCGUCUACCAGCAACAGCGAAGAAAACAGCGAAGACAAAUGCGGAAAAGUGCCGAGAAUACAAGAUCAGACUCCGCAAAGAUCCCCAACGUCAUCAAGAGAUGAGAGCAAAGCAGAAGGAACAAACCCGAGAGUGGAGAGCGAGACAAACACAGGAAGCAAAAGAGAGGUCAAAAGUAGCAGCGAGAAUCAGGCAGCAAAAGAGAAGAGAAAGGCUUAGAAAGUCUAGACAAGAGGGGACUACUGAGCUGAGACAGUCUGCGUCAACCAAGCCACCCAACAGACCCAACAGACUGGUAACACUCGAGGAGGCUGGUCUAGACGAAGAGAGGAGGGCGCUGGCAAGACAGAGACAGGCAAAAAGGAGGCUCAAGAUCAAAGCCAGCCCCCAGUUAUAUCUCAUUGAGAUGGAGAAGAGGAGGGCAAGAUAUCAAGCGACAAAAGCACAUCGGGCCAGUUUUGUUAUUGAAAGCUCCAGCACAGAACAAAUACAAAACGUCGAGGUUUACUCUGUCAGAGGCCUGGAGGAAAAAUCUGGGCAAAAGCAGGACAAAGGUGACCUUACCUCAGGGGACCGGUCAGCAUGCGAUCCUUCAUUCGCUGACCCAUCAGAUAUAAGUGGACAGGAGGAGGAGAGUGUCAGAGUGUCUGGUGAGAUCUCAGCCCUGGGAGGAGCAGGGCACUAG